GGCCAUGGCUGAGGAGAGCCCGAAUAUCGGCACACCGGAUCGCAGCGCCGGGCUGGGCAUGGCUGAGGGCAGCCCCAGCUUCGACACGCAGGAUUCCGGCGCCGGGCUGGGCAUGGCUGAGGGGAGGCGCAGCGGCGACCCCCAGGAUAUCUCCCAUGUGCUGGCUAGUGCCUUUAAGGACCUGUACACUGGAGAUGUUUCUGAGGUGGACAUGGCAACAAACUGGAUUAAGUCCCAAGGAGGAGACAGCGUUUAUCAAGACAGUUAUACAGAUGAGCUAGAGAAGCUUCUGGCUGAGUAUAAGAGCCGACUGACAGAAGCUGACAAAGCAGAAGAGGAGAUCAUUCAGGCCCAGGCCCGGGCAAAAGAUGAAGAGGAAAGGGUUCUAAAGCAGAUGAAGAUUCAUGCAGGGAAAUAUUUCCAUAAACUGGGGCUGCCUCCAGUGGCAUCCUCUUUUCGGUGGAUUGUGGAUAAUGAACUUCUCAGAAAAAAUAAUUUAAUCUGUCCUGAGGAUUACAUCACUGAGAAAUUACCUCUUGCUAAAGCACCAAAAGGAGAAUCAGAACCUGGAUACCUGAAAGGGGCACGUAAACAACGUGCUUUUUCACUGGAUGAGAGUGUCUACUUAACUGACAGUGUGACAAGUGUGUCUUCAGCUCUGUCCUCUGUCCAAGACUCCAGCCUUGAGGCUAAAACCAUCAGUAAGAAAACUAAAGCCUCACAGAAACAAGUCAGGAAAGAGAGUAAGUCCUGGAAAGCAGAGGAGUUAAGUGAGUAUCUCUCCAGACUUGAGAAAAGACAGAAUUACUUGAAGAAUCCACGUUUUUUCCCACCAAAUUCUGUGGAUGGAGGCAAAUCUCUUGUAAUUUCUCAAGAAAAAGUGGAAGAAAUCAUGGCCAGAAGAAAAGCAGAUGCCGCCAAGGGUGAUACCUCAUUUGUUCCUGUGUUUCUUGCCAAUCCACCUUCUGUCCUGUUUUUGUAUGAUAAAGUUGGGCAGGUUUAUGAGAGGACUGUAGAGCUACGGAACAUCACUUCAACAGGUCAACAUGUAAGACUUAUCCCUCCCUCUACUUCAGUAUUUUUCAUCUGGCCAGUGCCUGACUUUAUAGACUGUGGUUCCUGCCUUGUUGGAGGGAUAAAAACAACAGCAAUUUUGUGCAGAAAUGCAGGAGUUAGGACCGGGAAGUUCUCUAUAAUGCCAGGGAAAGCCUGGCCAGCUCCUGAUUCUGGGGUGGCUGCCACUGGUGAUUUUGUGGUACAGGAUCCUUUUGGGAUCCAGCCUGCUGUUUUGGAGCUAGCUCCAGGGCAGAAUGCAACAGUAGAGGUAGUGUUUUUCCCUUCUUUGCCAGAAGCCUCACAGCAAACAUUCACCAUUCUGUGUGACAAUUACCCAAUCAAUUAUGUUACAGUCACAGGGCUUGGAGAGGUGAUUGCUCUGGAGCUUUUGUUUGUCACAGGUGGAGAAAGCAAAGCUCAGCUGGGUGAGGUCACUGAUGCAACAGCACAGCACCUCAUACGAUUCGAGCCCCAAAACCCACAGAGCACUAAGGAGAAGGUCCUGGUUAUAAGGAACUCCACCCAUCUAGAACUUCCCUUCUUCUGGCAGAUAAUAAAGCCUAAUCUGAAACCAUUAAUACCAGAAAAAACUGCAAACUUUACAGAGGUCAAAAACAAUCAAGACCCAGAGUCAGCCUUCUCCCUAAAUCCUAAGCAGGGAGUUUUGCUUCCCUAUGCAGAUCAUGAGUUUAUUCUCACUUUUGCUCCACAGGAGCUGAAGAGUUAUCACAGUGUGAUGCAGAUGGUAGUGAGGGACAGCCCAGAAUCACCUUGUUUAGUAGAAGAGAGGAUGCUUCAGAACAUCCCAGAAUGCAGAGUAGAGGAUGUAAUAGCACUGGAAAUAGAAGUUAAAGGCUCAACAGAACCAUUUCAUCUGCUUCUGGAACCAUAUGCCAUUAUUAUCCCUGGAGAAAAUUUCAUUGGUGUAAAUGUCAAGAAAAAAUUUAAGCUGUGGAACAACAGCAAAACAUCGACCAAGUACACAUGGGAGAAAAUCACAGACUGUGAAAUCAUCGAAGUUGAACCUCGUACUGGUGUCAUAGAUGUGAAUAAUUGCUGUGAAUUUGUACUGGCAAUUUCUGGGAGCAAACCUGGGGUCAUCACCCGUAACCUGCUGUGUCACAUUGAGCUGUGUCCAGAGCCAGUUGUGCUGCAUGUUGAGGCUGCUUUUAAGGGUCCAUUUCUUUGUAUUGAUGUUCCAUCACUCCGGUUUGGUUUGACUAAGCAGGGUGAGACUGUGUCAAGAACCUUUGAGAUUAAUAAUCUUUCUCAGGUGCCAGCAAAGUGGAGGAUGCAAGAAAGCCAGGUUUUUCUAGCUCAAAGGGGUGAAGAGGUAUCCACCUUCACCAUCCAGCCAUCAGCUGGAGAAAUUCCUCCUUUGGGUCUAUGCACAGUUUCAGUUCACUUCACAUCACUGCAGUGCCAGCGUCUCCACACAGUGCUGGAUCUGGAGGUAGAAAAUGGAGAAGGAAGUCAUCUUCCUGUUUUUGUUGAAGUUCAGACCCCUCAAGCAUGCCUGAUACCUAGUCAUCCAGUAUUCACUGAAAUUUAUACUGGAGUUCCUGUCAAAGCAACCUGUAAACUUUUCAACCAGACACUGCUGCCAGCAAAAUAUCUAUGGGGAAAGCUCACUGGAAGCCAGGCAGCUUCCUGCUCCAUCGUGGUGUCCCCUGCCAGUGGCACCUUAGGCCCAAAUGAAGAGAAGGAAUUCUGCAUAGAGCUGUCAGCUGACAUUGUGGGUGAGCUGAAAGACCUCACACUUUCCUGUAGCAUAGAAGACAUGGCUGAACCCCUCUUCCUGAGCAUUUCUGGAGAAGUGAAGGGACUACAUGUCACAUACUCAGUACCUUCUGGCAGUGGAGUCGACAGUGAUGAAGGACAAAUGCCACAAAGCCCAUGUGAGCUUCUUUUGGACUUUGGGUCUGAAGUUGCAGUCAAAGAUGUUGUAAAGCAUCAGCUGAUUCUUACAAAUCUCACUGCAAUCAGUGCUCCAUUCACACUGGAAGCUGAGUAUUUUAGUGCCUGUUUGGUGCCUCCAGAACAAGGAGCCUGCCCCUACCUGGUGAAAAGAAGGGGGCCUGUCACAGAGCAUGCAGCCAGAAAAGUAAAGUCAGAGUUUGCAGCAGCGUUGCUGUCUCAGGGGAAGGGAGCAGCUUUCUAUAUCCAACCUUCCACAGGAACUCUGGAAGCUUUCCAGCAGCUCAGCAUAGAAAUAGCAGCUUACAACAACAUGUGGGGAGAAUACCAGGAUAACCUUGUCUGUAAGGUGGGAGACUUACAACCUAAAUUAAUUCCUAUGCAAAUGACUGUGAAAGGCUGUCCAAUCUUCCUGCAGGUGACAGGACCAAAACCAGAGCCACCCAUUAUCAGGUUUGGCACUCAAGUCUCAGGAGGGUUCCCUGUGCUUCGGAGGGUCCAGCUCAACAAUCCCAGUCCCUUUGAUAUCCGCCUGGACUUGGAAGUUUACAACCAAGAGCCAGAUGAUGAAAAGCUGGUGGACCUCUUGGUGCUCUUUGGAGACCCUUUUCCUCCUGUGGACAUGGCUGGAAAGGAGGCUGCAUCGAGUGGUAGCACCUCAGAGUCAGAGGUCGUGUUAAAGCUGGAUCCAGCUGCCAUUCCCUGUGGGAGCAUUUAUCCAGCUUUGGAAACCACAGAUGAGCUUCCAGGUUCUGACAGCAAAGAGAUGGAAAUCAGCAGCCAGGAGUCUGCAGGAGAGAAAAAUAUCUCUGUGCUUAUCCGACCUCAUGAGGGGGUGCCUGCAGACAGCCCCUACUCCGUUGCUCCGAGGCAGAUAGUGGUUCCAGGAGGUGGCAGCAGCGACGUUUACAUCUCCUUCACCCCGCUCGUCCUCCCGGACACCGAGACUGAGCUGUGUUGUGACGGGCUGCUGCUGGGCUUCAUGAGCCUGGACGACAAGCUUGCCAAGAGGGUGCCCAACAAGGUGCGGCGCAGUCAUGGCUACGAAGCUCCACCGUUACGAGUGCACAUGGAGGCUGUCCUGAGGCAUCCCCUGUUGGAAGUGGAGAUGGAUCACGACAGAGGAAUGGUGUUUUAUUCAGUGGCGAGUGAUCUCCUACCUGCUAAGCCUUUUUUUGGAGUUUUGACAGAUGCAGUAAUUACUCAGAGUUUGAAACUCAUGAAUUGUACCAAGGUUCGGCUGUACUUCAGACUCUUUCUGUCUACACCCUCUAUGCCCUUCAGCCUCUCCAGCACAGAUCCCAAAAAGAACACUGAAACAUCCCCCAGCAAGAAGGAGGAAAGGGAACAGCAACUGCAACAUGUACUUUAUCCACAGCAAAACAUGCUGGUGAAAGUGUCAUUCCACACGAAUCUGGAGUUACUCAGGUAUCAACAUUUGCCAGAGACCCAGCUGCUUCCUGGAUGCCAAGUGCUCCAGCUGGAGAGUGGGGAGAGAAAGCUGAAGUUUAAUCAAAAUCUGGUCAUUGAGCACAGUAACUACACUACCCAGCUGGUCCCAGUGACUGCCUACCUCACUGUUCCAGUCCUGGAGCUCUCUUGUGACAGGGUUGAUUUCCAGACCUGCUUUGUUGCACAGACCAAGACAGAACAUGUCUUCCUGUAUAACAGGAGUGGCUGCAGAAGCUACUGGACUGCUUUGCUGGAUGAACAGAAAAACCAUAAGGCCCUGCAAGUAUUCUCCAUCUUCCCAACCAAAGGCAUUUUGGAGGCACGUGAAGGGGAGGCACCUACCAGAGAGAUUCUGCAGAUCAGCUUUGCUGCAAGGAGCAACACUGACUAUGAAGCAAUUGUGACCAUUUCUGGAAUGCUGGAAGAGAAGCCUUGCAAGCUGCACCUCAGAGGGAGAGGAGUGCACCCUGGGAAGGUGGAUUGAGCAGGACAAUGGGGGACAAAUGUCAAGGUAACAGGUUGGAUGCAGACGUGGCAGCAGCUGAGCCUGUAUUUUCAUCUACUUCUGUUUUUAGUGGGGACUGGAAUUUUAGCAGAAUGAAAAUUUAGGUUAUGAGGAAAGAAAUUCUCAUGGUACCUUAACCAGUCAUCAUCACACUCUGUACUGUUAAUUUUAUUGCUGUGAUAAGCUUAGCUUUAGGCACAGAACAAGAUUUUAAAUUGCAAAGCACCUCUGUCAGGCCAAAAGUCAGGCCUGAGGUCUGACCAAAUCAGGCCAAAGCUCUCUGCAGAGCCCAGCAUGCCCUGAAUCACAGCUAAAGACUAUUCAUACCUUAAAGUACCUUUUGUUUUGCCUCAUUUAUUUGUUUGACAUUAAGAUGGACAUUGACACAUAACAAAACAAGAAUUGGUGAACAGGCCAGCAUUUCCCAGACUGUUUUCUCAGUGCCUUACAUGAAAAGGGGAAGAGAGAACUUUCCCUGGUCUCCUUGGAAAAUUACCAACCUGUGUGUUUCAUCGGGCUUGGGCCUUGAGAACAUCCCCUUCAGCAAGAGAGGGAGGAACCCUUCUUCCUUUUCAUUCUUUCUCCCCACAUGGUUCUCAUUUACUCUCACUUCUCUUUAAACUAUUUUAGUAUUAUUUUAGCUAAAGGUCGCUGGAAUUCCCACUUCUGAGUCUGCUAAAUUUUCCACUUCCAUUAAAUAAAAGGCUUUUGUAAAUGG